AGCAGCCUGGGAAAAGAGGCUGUUUUAAACAUGGCGGCCUCGGUGUGCAGAGUUCUGUCCUUCAGUAGAAGUGCUAAGGUGCUUGCUUCACCUUUGAGGUUGACGGCUGUGCCUGUUUAUCGGUACAGCGUAGAAGUGUCCAGUACCGGCGAGGCCAUUACUCACACCGGCCAGGUGUUCGAUGAAAAGGAUCCCAGGAGGGCCAGAUUCGUUGGCAGGCAGAAAGAGGUGAAUAAGAACUUUGCCAUCAAAUUGGUGGCGGAAGAGCCAGUGACUCCCGUUGAGGCCAGAGUGGUGUCCUGCGAUGGAGGCGGAGGCGCCCUGGGGCAUCCCAAAGUCUACAUCAACCUGGAUAAAGACACAAAAGUGGGCACUUGCGGCUAUUGUGGAUUACAGUUCCAGCACAAGCAUCAUCAUUAAAACUCUUCCUCUGCGAAUGCCUCUCUGUAUAAAUUGCCAUAUUGGUUAAUAAAUUCUAUGUUGUCUGUCA